UUCAGUAACCCACAACUCUUCUUGUUCAAAAAAUCAUUAUAAACAUUGUGUUAGACCAUCUGAAGAAUACAUGAGAUGGGGUAUCCUAUAAACAGAGUUUGAUUUCUCAGUUCCAGGGGCCAGGAAGUCCAAGAGCAUGCCACUGACAUCUGAUGGGAGCUACACGCUGCAAGAGCAUCGCAUGAAUACUUCCAUUAAAGAAGAAGAAGAAGGGGGAGGAGGAGGAGGAGGAAGAAGAGGAGAAGGAGCAGCAGCAGCAGCAGCAGCAGCAGCAGCAGCAGCAACAGCAGAAGAAGAAGAAGAAGAAGAAGAAGAAGAAGAAGAAGAAGAAGAAGAAGAAGAAGAAGAAGAAGAAGAAGAAGACCCACAAAGAUAAUAUAUUUUAAAUGACACAGAUUUUACUAUGGCAGCAAUAGUACAGAACUUUAUGGCUGAAUACAAGUUCUUUUCCUGUGUCAGAAUUUAAACAAACAAAAAACCAAACGAACAACAACCCCCUCCUACAUUUUGGAACCUUGUGAAUGCUGAAAAAAAUCAGUCAUCUGGGUCCAUUGGUGGUGAACAUUAAUCUGUGUACCUAUUGUUUUUUUCUCCAAAGAGAACAGGAUUCAAAAACAGUUUUUCAAGACUUUAUCAUAAACUUGGAAGACAAAAUAUUUGUAGUUUGCACAUGCAGAAUGAAUAGACCAUGAGCAGCCAUCUGAUCCACCACACCAUAGAUCAUUGCAGACCUUCUUUCAGAAGAACUCUGCCAGCAUGCAAAGAAACUGGAGUCCUCACACAAUGCUGGUGGGGUCGGAAAAUGUUGCAACCACCUUAAUGUUGAUAGUCGCAUUAUUUGUUACAGCCAAAAAGUGGGAAUCACCUAAACAUUUAUCAACUGAAGAAUGGAUAAGUAAAAUAUGGUACAUCCAUAGAUAGACUCUUUGGCAGAAAAGGAAAGUAGAAAGAAAGGAAGAAAGGAAGGAAAUGAGGGAAGGCGGGAGGGGUAAUGGAGGAGAGGGUGAGGCGGGAGGCAGACAGGCAAGCAGCAGCGCUGCUACCUGCUACAACAGAGCCUUGAAAUAUUAAGUGCAGGAAGCCAGUCACAAAUGACCACAUAAGUAUGAUUCCAUUAUGUGAAAUGCUCCGAACUGGCAAAUUCACAAAACAAAGUAGAUGUGUAGUACUCUGAGGCUUUCAGGAAAUUAGGAGACUAGGAAUGGGGAGUGGCUGCUAAUGAAUGAUGUUCCUUUUUAGGGUGAUAAAAAUAUUCUCAAAGGAGACUAUAGGGAUGUUUGGACAACUCUUUAAAUGUACUAAAAACCAUUGAAUUUCACACUUUAAAUGGGCUAAUUUUAUGAUGUGUGAAAUAUAGCUCAAUGAAGUUGUAAAAACAAUAUUGUCUUUUCUAUGUGCAAAUUCUAAAACCAUAAUUUUAAGGAAAUUUUCCCAUUUAUAAUAAUACUCAUGAAGAUUAUUAUGGUGACAAUAAUGCCUCUGGUGGUUAAAAAGAGGUAAGAUAUCAAAGGAAUGUUUACAAAUGGAAAA